GGCGGGGGAAGCCCCGGAUGUUCGUUGUGGAUUGAACAUGGCGGCGGCAGUAGCCGCGGCGGCGGCGGCGCGAGGCGGCUGAGGGCGGUGCGCGGGCUCCGAGUUCCGGGCGGAGCAGCUAGGCCGCCAGCGACCGCGGCGCCGAUCCGAUGAGUAACACAAAGCUCCAAGAGGAGAAGUCACCCACCCAAGGGUGCUGCUAGCCCAGCCAGCCUCAGACCAGGUGCCCAGAAGAGCUCAAGCCACUGCGCACACACUCUCAGUGCUAGGGUCUCAGCGCCAUGUUUGGGAAAAGGAAGAAGCGGGUCGAGAUCUCGGCCCCAUCCAACUUCGAGCACCGAGUGCACACGGGCUUCGACCAGCAUGAGCAGAAGUUCACAGGGCUGCCCCGCCAAUGGCAGAGCCUGAUUGAGGAGUCGGCCCGCCGGCCCAAGCCUCUCAUAGACCCAGCCUGCAUCACCUCCAUCCAGCCUGGAGCCCCUAAGACCAUCGUGCGGGGCAGCAAAGGUGCCAAGGAUGGUGCCCUCACACUGCUGCUCGACGAGUUUGAGAACAUGUCGGUGACACGCUCCAACUCCCUGCGCAGAGACAGCCCGCCACCGCCUGCCCGUGCUCACCAAGAGAAUGGGGUUCCAGAGGAGCGGGUCACCCAGGCCAGAGUGGCCCCCGAGAAGGCGGGAGGCCGAGACCGGGCCACGGGCCACAGCGAGGCAGGUGGUGGCAGUGGUGACAGGCGGCGGGUAGGGCCAGAGAAGAGGCCCAAGUCUUCCAGGGAGGGCCUGGGAGGACCCCAGGAGGCCUCCCGAGAUAAGCGCCCCCUCUCUGGGCCUGAUGUCGGCACGCCCCAGCCUGCCAGUCUGGCCAGCGGGGUGAAACUAGCAGCUGGCAGGCCCUUUAACACAUACCCACGGGCUGAUACGGACCACCCUGCCCGAGGUGCCCAGGGGGAAUCACACAAUAUGGCCCCUAAUGGGCCAUCAGCUGGGGGACACACUGCCCCCCAGUCCUCUUCCUCUCGGCCUCCCACCCGAGCCCACGGUGCCCCCAGCCGUGGAAUGCUGGGUCCCCAUGCCUCAGAGCCCCAGCUGGCCCCUCCAGCCCGUGCCCUCGCUGCUCCUGCUGCACCCCCUGCCCCUGGGCCCCCUGGGCCUCGCUCACCUCAGCGGGAGCCCCAGCGAGUGUCCCAUGAGCAGUUCCGGGCUGCCCUGCAAUUGGUGGUGGACCCAGGGGACCCACGUUCCUAUCUAGAUAACUUCAUCAAGAUUGGUGAGGGGUCCACAGGCAUCGUGUGCAUAGCUACAGUGCGUAGCUCAGGCAAGCUGGUGGCCGUCAAGAAGAUGGACCUGCGCAAGCAGCAGAGGCGCGAGUUGCUCUUUAAUGAGGUGGUGAUCAUGCGUGACUAUCGGCACGAGAACGUAGUAGAGAUGUACAACAGCUACCUGGUGGGGGACGAGCUCUGGGUGGUGAUGGAGUUCUUGGAAGGAGGUGCCCUCACCGACAUCGUUACCCACACAAGGAUGAAUGAGGAGCAGAUUGCCGCUGUGUGCCUGGCUGUGCUGCAGGCACUGUCCGUCCUCCAUGCCCAGGGCGUCAUCCACCGUGACAUCAAGAGUGACUCCAUCCUGCUGACUCACGAUGGCCGGGUGAAGCUGUCCGACUUUGGGUUCUGCGCCCAGGUGAGCAAGGAGGUACCUCGGAGGAAGUCACUGGUUGGCACACCGUACUGGAUGGCCCCAGAACUCAUCUCCCGCCUUCCCUACGGGCCGGAGGUGGACAUCUGGUCACUGGGCGUAAUGGUGAUCGAGAUGGUGGAUGGGGAGCCUCCCUACUUCAAUGAGCCACCCCUCAAAGCCAUGAAGAUGAUUCGAGACAACCUGCCUCCCCGACUGAAGAACCUGCACAAGGCCUCGCCAUCUCUGAAAGGCUUCCUGGACCGCCUGCUGGUUCGGGACCCAGCCCAGCGGGCCACCGCGGCAGAGCUGCUAAAGCACCCGUUCCUUACCAAGGCAGGACCCCCUGCCAGCAUCGUGCCCCUCAUGCGCCAGCACCGCACCAGAUGAGCUGGCGCCCAGCACUGAACCAAAGAACCCCGGGCCACCCUGCCCAGCAGAGGCCAGUAGGGGGCGCCCGUUCCCACUGCGCACCACCACUGUGCUGGGGGCUCCGUGGCACCCCACUACUGAGCUCCAGUUUUGAUUCUGUGACUUUGAAACCAACACAAGGACACAUGGGAUCAAGUGAGGCUCCCAGGGACCCUCACCCUCCAGGACAGGCCCCUUCCCUUGUGCUGUGUCCACAGGAGAGAGGGCAACUGCCCAUCACUGGAAAUAUGCAGCAGGGGCCACUGGCAGCAGAGAGGACACCGUAAGAAAGGUGUGUGAGUGCGUGCGUGCGUGCGUGCGUGCGUGCGUGUGUGUGUGUGUGUGUGUGUGUGUGUGUACACCGUGACAGCCCGGCUCCUCUGUCCUCAACCUGCAAGUAGGGAUCUCCAGCCUUGCCUGGUGCCCAGCCCCUACCCCUGAGCCAUUGAGGGGUCAAUCAUGAAUGUCUGAAGAGUGGCCUUUUCCCGGAGCCCCGCACCCCCUUCCUGCAUCUGGUGGGGGCGCAGGUUGGGGCCUCCCCUCCCCCACCUCUGCAGCAAAUGACUACUGCACCUGAACAGCCUCCAUUUUCUAGAAAUCUAUUUAUAUUGUCAUUUUAUAAUACUAGCCCUGCCCCAACCUGGGGAUAGAUGAUCCCUGUCCUGUGGGGUGGCCCAGGGACAGAGCCACUUUGAAGAAUCAGGUUCCUGCUUCCCCCUUGCACCCCACCCUCCCUCCUUUGAGUUAGUUUUACAAUUAAAACAUUUUUGUGUUUUGUGGUA